AUGAGCAGAAGAGCGUUACCCCCAACACCAUUUUCGCGCAGCUUCUACAAAAAACCCGAACCAGCUCGCGAAACAGAUACAAAAUUUAGGAAAAACAAAUUUCUACUCUCUGGGGUGUUGUCCGCUUAUAACCAUCAUAGACGACUCACCCUUAGCAAUCUCACGCGCGAGCAAUGGCAGGGUUUCACGGAAAUCCGCGAAAUGACUACAAGAGGGAACAUACGCCUUUCAGUAAGCGAUAAGGGUGGGGAAUUCGUAGUCAUGUCACAGGCUCUUGAUCGGCAACUAACAAGUCUUCACUUGCAAGCUAAAACGAUCUAUCGCCGCGUAACAGAGAAAGAAUUCCUUGUGCAGUGCAAACGCUUAAAUCAUGUAUGGAUGUCUAUGGGAAAAUUUGCUGGUCUUGACGAACGAUUUGUAAGCCGCCUAAAGCUUGACAAACCGACCUGCCCUGUGUUCUAUAGCCUCAUCAAAACGCAUAAGCUGAAACCCGAUGAGAUCAACUCAACAUCAGCGGCAACAUUCAAAAUCCGACCAAUAAUAAGUUGUGUGGGAGGACCAACAGAUCGAAUUUCGUGGUUCCUUAAUAGAAUCGUGAGACAAAUUCUGCCUAAAAUACCAUCUCAUUUGUCGAACACGCACCAUUUCCUUGAGCGAUUACGCAAUGCGAGAGUUGAGGGCAACUGCGUAAUAGAGUCCUUUGAUGUAACCUCACUCUAA